UUAACGAAAUACUUAUCAUGUCGAACAAAUCCUUGUUUAUGAAAUCGACAUUUCUGCGAGCACCUUUUGGUCUCGGGAUCGGACGCUACGUUUGUCAGCUCCAGAGAGUGACUUUGAAAUUUUGCAAAAAUAAUGGUUCGAGCAGAGGAAUGAGAGGCUUUAUAGAGCACGAUUUAGUUGAAUAUGCGAGAGAAAAUCCAGGAGUGGUCGUUUACACCAAGCCGAGAAGACACAGGGUGCCAGUUAUAGUUGCUGAAUAUUUAAAUGGCGACAGACAGUGGAUGUGCGUUGCUAAUUACAGUCGGGAAGAUAUUGUCAAAUGGAUGGAACUGCUGCGCACGCAGAUUCACGAUACUCCCUCUGUAAGAUUCCGCAAAUUGUGGCACACAGAAUUUCCGUCAAUUCAAGGCCCGUGGACACCGUUCACCUUCAAAGACCCGAAAUUAAACUUGGAACACUAUCCUAAUAAGACACUUGGUACGGCUGUUAAACUUGGUCCCACGGCUACGGAAAAACUCAUUGAAUUAUUCAAAGCUCAGCAAUUGAACUCAACAGAUAAAUCAUCAAAUGAUUCGGACGAAUCGUCAAAUCAACAAGACACAUAUGUACAAAAUGCAUAAUUUCUUCGAUACUUUAUAAAUUGAUUAUAUUGUAUAUAUUAUAGUUUACAUAAACAUC